AUGCCUAAUGGUUCAAAUCAGAAUGGCCCUGGUCUAGAGCAGCAGUUUGCUGGUCUGGACUUGAACGGCCCUGCCUAUGGUGGCAGCCGCUACGUGCCCCCACAUCAGCGUGGAGGUGAAAUGCCUAAUCUGAGCCAACCCCCUCCAGGGCACCCCAACGCAUCAGUGCCCCCUGAAGGGAAUGACCGGGGAGGUCAUGCUUACAAUGACAGAGCAGGCUCUUACAACGAUAGAGCAGGCGGCUACAAUGAUAGAGCAGGCUCCUACAACAAUGACAGGAGUGGUGGUGGCUUCAAUGACCGAGGUGGCUAUGGAGGUGACCGAGGGGGAUACAACAAUCGAGGUGGCAUGAGGAGUGGGUACAAUGACCGGGAUAACCGAGGUGGCUUCGACAGCCGUGGUGGGUUUGACCGCCGUGGUCCUGGGAAUCAAGGCACCUACAGUCGAGGUGGCGGUGGUGGUGGCGGCAAUUACCAGCAAUAUAAUGAUAGAGGAGGUAAUGAUCGCUGGAACAGACAAGGCACCACUCCUCCUGCUCCUGUAUCAGGUGGAAACAGGUGGGAUGUUCUACUAGAAGAUCGUGACCGGGAACGACGCUCGGGCGGUCAGGGGUACAACCGCUGGGACAAUCGUUUGGACAAUGGUGGCGAUGAAGUCCGUACUGACGAUUGGUCUGUCCCUCUGCCAAAGAAUGAGAGACUUGAAGUAGAGCUGUUUGGAACUGGAAAUAGUGGGAUCAACUUUGACAAGUACGAGGACAUUCCAGUUGAAGCUAGCGGAGAUAACUGUCCCAAGAACAUAGAGAGUUUUGAAGACUGCAGUUUGGGUGAAAUUGUUCGAAACAACAUCGCCCUGAGCAGGUACAGCAAGCCAACCCCAGUACAGAAGUUUGCUAUACCAAUCAUCUUGGCCCGGAGGGACCUGAUGGCCUGUGCCCAGACAGGGUCUGGCAAAACAGCAGCUUUCUUAGUACCAAUUCUGAACCAGAUCUACGAAAUGGGCCCAGUAGAUACAAACCAAGCAGGUCGCCAGUAUGGCAGGAAAAAAAUGUUCCCUAUGGCCCUGGUUUUGGCACCAACACGAGAGUUAGCAUCACAGAUUUAUGAUGAAGCUAGGAAGUUUGCCUACCGAUCCAAAGUUAGACCGUGUGUCGUAUAUGGUGGUGCAGAUAUCGGAGCACAGAUGAGAGAUUUGGACAAGGGCUGUCACCUUCUAGUGGCCACGCCAGGCAGGCUGGUUGACAUGAUGGAGAGAGGGAAAGUGGGACUGGAUCAUUGCAAGUUUCUGGUGUUGGAUGAGGCUGACAGAAUGUUGGACAUGGGGUUUGAACCCCAAAUCCGACGUAUUGUGGAGAAAGACAACAUGCCUCCUAGUGGGAAGAGGCAGACAAACAUGUUCUCAGCCACGUUCCCCAAAGAGAUUCAGAUGCUAGCCAGAGACUUUUUGGACAACUACAUUUUCCUGGCUGUGGGUCGAGUGGGCAGUACCAGUGAAAACAUCACACAGAAGGUUGUAUGGGUGGAAGAGCAAGAGAAGCGAUCUUUCUUGUUGGAUCUGCUCAAUGCUGCAGGACCAGAGUCUCUGACACUAGUUUUUGUGGAAACAAAGAAAGGAGCAGAUUCUUUGGAGGAUUUCCUGUUGAGAGAAGGUUACCCUGCUACCAGCAUCCAUGGAGAUCGCUCUCAGCGAGAACGUGAAGAUGCAUUGAGGAUAUUCAAAUCUGGAGACCGUCCUAUUCUUGUGGCCACAGCUGUGGCAGCUCGAGGCUUGGACAUCAGCAAUGUGCGUCAUGUCAUCAACUUUGAUCUGCCUGGUGACAUUGAAGAGUAUGUGCACAGAAUUGGACGUACUGGCCGUGUCGGCAAUUUGGGUCUGGCCACUUCAUUCUUCAAUGAGAAAAACAAGAACAUUGUCAGGGAUCUACUGGAUCUGCUGAGUGAAGCCAACCAAGAUGUUCCACCCUGGCUAGAGUCCAUGUCCUCCUUGGAUAUAAGAUCUACUAUGGGUAGCAGGCGUGGAGGCGGCGGAGUCCGCAGAUUUGGAAAUGGUGGAGGAGGAGGCGGAGGAGGAUUUGGAGGAAGAGAUUAUCGCCAGCAAAGCAAAACUCCCAAGGCUCCGUUUCCACAGGGAGGUGGUGGCGGCGGCUUUGGUGGCCAGCAGCCAUUCAACAAUCACUUCACCAGCUACCCACCACCCCAGUUCAACCAUGGAGGCAGUUAUGGAGGAACCUACAGUUCAGCCCCGACUAAUGACUGGUGGGGAAACUGA